UAACAUUUUACCACUAAAUGUAUAUCAUUUGGGUUCCUCGCUUGAGGUUGCAUCGAAGUCUCUUGUUUUAUUUUCAAUUGCUUUUGUGCAACUGUGAUUGUAAAAAGUAUGAUUUUAUCAUACAUUUCCUUAGUCGGAGAAACUCGGAACAUAACGCUGAGGAUGUGCUCCAUCAACAUGCAAAUUAAAACAGCGACUCUAUCUGAAAGUACAAUGUCGAUGAAACGGGAAGAGAAUUAAUUUCCCCAUUGAUGCAACCGAACCCGAAGGGCCGCCAAAAACUUAUUCGUUUGCCACAUGCGAUCAACCGAAUGCGAAAAAUGUUCGAAAAUGCCAAAAAUUGCGGGAACGCAACAACUGCUUUAUGCUUAUUUAUGACCGCGAAAAUCCGGCAACAUGCCGCACGGAACCGGACCUGUAGCACAUCGCAACAGUGUGUGCUUUAUUUCUUCUUUUAUCCCUUGUUGCAUUGUUAAGAAAGCUGCACCUACCCCAAGGGUGGGUUCCAUAUGGCAACAACAAGCAAAGUGGUUUGGGUGGUGGUUGGGGCAACAUUGUUGAAAUAUCUGCUGCGUUUGUGGUGAUUAACGAUAUUUUGGUUUAUACACUUUUGUUUCACCAUUUUUUUUAACCAAUGGUAUGGCUGAGAUGAAACUAAAGGUGGAGAAGUAAGAGAACAUGCGCAAGAGCGAAAAACGGUACGUAUACGAGAAAAAUGGACAUGCAAAAGAGCGACGACGGUUGGGUGUGCGACGAAAGCGAAUGAAAAUAAAACAAGAGACUUCGAUGCAACAUCAAGCGAGGAACCCAAAUGGGAGGAAUACAUUUGGUCGACAAGAAUGAUUCCACUACGUUCUAGAGAUGAACUGUUCUUUCGUUCCCUUUCUUUCUUUCUUUCUUACCUCUAUUCCUUACGGUUCCCACAUCACCAUUUGCGUAAAGUUUCGCGUGAACAUACAACACGCUGCUGGCCGGCGUAAAGAGCAGAACCGAUGGGCCAUUUUUUAUCGUGAUUUAAACUCCAGCAGACGCGUUUGCCAUGUUACUCUUUGCAUUUAUUCUCGGCUGGUUUCUUCACCAUCAACGGGGAUGGUGGUUUGGACCGAAUGCCUAAUGAGAACAGACAGAUACGAUAGGUAGCGGGGUAUGGUUUGAAAAAUUAAAUACAUGUACUUGUUUCCCUUCUACGCUCGUUAUUCAGUAUCGCUUUUGCUGUAUCGACACAGUGUAUAAGGCGCGAGAAUACUGAAGCAAACCAUCGGCUGGGCAAAUCGGCGGCUCAGAAGCUCGACCGCGAGGAAGCAUGCGAAUCGACGUUACGCUGGGAGAAAAGUGCGUCAAGCUUCUUCACGCGGAUAUGGUGGCGUUUCCGUUCCGUGCCCAUCCGUUCGUUCAACAAGCUAUCGUUAUUUUAACAAGAUAGAUUAUUCUGCAAUCUCACAAAGGUUGAACAUGUGUGAGUUAGGCAAAAAGGGAAAGAAGCAUCUUUGUGGCAAAUGGAAGAAAUUAGCACAUUUUAUGAUCUACAGUCGAGCUCAGAACGUGGAAAAGCCUCUCACUUAAGUUUUUUUGUCAUUUAGAAGAAUUAUUUAUUUAUGGAAAUUUUCAACAAACCGAAACUGAAAAAAAGUUUAUGUGUUAAACACCUGUGAGAUUGCAAAUGUGAACUUUUUGCGAUCAUAAGCUUAUCUUACUUGUUGCAUUGUAAGGUAAGCUGCAACUAACCGCACUGCUUUUAUGUUUUAUCGCAUGUUAAACAAACACAUAAAUUGACGGAACGUGUAUCGAUCACAGGCAAACAUUCUGCAGUGAAUGGUUUAAUCAGCAGGGAAGCAUAAAACAUAAGCAUCCGUACGUGCGUACACUACAGCGCCAGAAGAAUGUUGUUCUAUUUUGCAUCGUUAACACGCGGGCAAUUGCCAUUAACGACGUCCGAUUGCCCGCCUGCUUCGCUCCAAAGAAUAAAAAAAAAAACAGUGCUGUUGCUAAUGAGCGUUGCUAAGGAACAUUGCCGUAUUAGAAAACAUCUGUAAACGGCUCGUACGUGAUCUCCACGCCUGCUGGCGGUAGACGCACGGCAACGUUGGAACGGAUUUUUCUUUUACGCUUCCGCUAUGCGGUCCCGAUAAGCGUAGUGCAUAAAAGUGUAUUUUUCACUUUCUUUUAGGUUGCACACGUAUCUGGGCACACUGUGAAAAGAGUAACGAGCGCAGUGGAGAAUCACAACAAAAGUGGAUGGGAAAGCGCGCAAAUAGGAACACAUACAGAAUUGCUGGAGAAAAAAUAACGUUCCAACUUUAGCUCCCCAUCAUCCCUUGCAGAGCAGUUCGAAAUACUUUGGUACGAUUCGUUGUUGAGGGCACCCUCGAGGUUACAAGCUGUCUUUUCUUACUUGGGUCCAUUUGAUAUAAGCGUGAAAAGUUAGCUGGAACUCGUUUCUGUUUUAUAAUGUUUGCGGCUGGCUUAAGUAAGAAGGAUGAGCAAGCAUGUCGGUAGUAUGCAGAUGAUACUGCCAAGCAUAAUCGUUGAAACAAACAAAGCAUGUUGUGGAAGUGUGUAUGUUUGUUUUAUAUUAUUGAAAAAGAUUGUUGAACAAACGAAAUUUUAUGGUUUAUGUGUAAUAAAUACUUAUCUGUUAGUUCUAAAAUUCAACUUCUUCCAACGAUCUUACGAAAUUGGUGUAAAACAUGUAAAGGAAACAAAAAAACAAUGAGCCUUUAAUGACAAUUACCGAAAUGGAUGUAAAAUUAUGGUUUUUCUUUUGAAAACAUUUUUAAAAUAAAUGUUUACUAAAAUUUAGGCUUAAUAAGAGAACAUAUUAAUACAUUUAACAGUUAGUGAGCAUCAUUCGGAAAAUAAGUUAUAUAAAAGAAAACAAUUUGUUCAAAGCUGCCCCAGGAUAAAUCGUGUAUACGCCAGUGUACAUAUUUAGCGCCGGUAAUCCAGCUCAAGGUUACAUCAAUUGCAUCACGGGACAGGGCUAUAAUCUGGAUUGUCCAUGCUCCAAUAUAUCUUGCUAAGUGGUACCUGUCUACGAGCGGGGUGCGCUUUUCUUUCCGUGCCAUGUCCUUUUCGUUUCUUGUUUCUCAUUCUCUCUACACUAACCAGACUAGAAAUGAGAAUAACAACUCUUUUUAGUGAAUCAACUCAGAGUGAAUGAUGAGAAAGGAGGCAGCUCGUUUAACGAUUCAUUUCGGAGUUAUAAAAAACCAGCAUAAGCGUAUAAGUUUAGGUUCGGUCAUUUUACUCACUAAUGAGUUUAGUUGCGUUGCGUUUUAACUCAUUUUUGGUUCAAAUCAUACGCACAUUUUCGAUUCAACUCACGUAUUUACUCCUUUUGCAACUCGACUCACCACGGCUACAUGCUUACACUCAUGAGUGAGUAAGUGAAAAAAGAGUCGCUGAAACUCCUCGUAGUGAGUGAACGAAACUCGUUCAAUACAACGUUUCAACUCACUAUCUCACUAUUAUUCACUUUGCACACCUCUAAACCAGACGUGCAAUCGGUAGAAGUGUUCUUUAGUUUACACUGGCUGGAAAUGUUGUAUGUUGAACACGAGAAUGUAACACAAGGUUCUCUUUUUAUUAUAAAGUAAUAUUACACAAAAAGAUACGAACUUCAACCCAGUUCGGAACCAGAAGUAUUUUUAUUAAUUUAAAAAUUGAAUUAAGUUGAUUAGAUGUAUUUAAAAUAACUGAACAUUACAAUAUAAUGCACCAUUUUUGUAUUGAAAUGUAGCAAUUAAAACGUAUACUUUAAUCAUAUGUUUUGUUGAAAAUCAAUACUAAUCAUACCUUCUAUAGUAAAUAGUAUCAAUUGCAAAUGAUUAAAAUAUAAAACAUUUAAUUACCUACUUCCUUACAACAGGCUCUAUCUAAACGACCUAAAAUAAACCCGCUCCUUAGCUUCCAUCCUCCGUGCCGAGGUACUUAAGUACACCGUUCGAAGUGAUGCUGCACCACAUUUAACACAUCCCGACAGUAGGACAGUUUGAACAGUUUCAACAAGAUAAGAGUUACAUGGCCGGUUUGUAUGGCCUGGGUAAAGCGUUUGAAAAAAAAAAACAGAAUAAAACAUAAGAAAAUUGAAACCCUUCAGGCUGCUUCUCAUUCUCUCUCUCUCUCGCGCAGACUGUGCAUAGGGAGACAAAAAUUCUGGAAAUGGGAGUUAAGAAAACUGAUAACGAGGCGCAACAUGCGUGGUAGCAGCCGCAGCAUAAACAGCAUCGGCACUUCGAUUUUUUUCCUUUGCCCAAUAAUUUUUCCGUCUUUUAGAUGCGUGGUGGAUAUUUUAACCCACCGCUGAAAACCCACGCCAACCUUCUCGCGAAUGAGCCCCCGAUGUCUUGCGGCCAACACACAGACAUUUAAACCCGUACGUGGCUUUUCGUUCCCUUCUCUGCUCCCUGACGCGGUCAUUUGUCUGAUGUCUGUGAAGUUUUAUGACUUGUUUCUUAGCAGCGAACCUCGUUAAUAAAGGAAGAUCCCGAAAAAUGAUCGAGUCAUCGUGCAUGGAACGGUGGUGAACGAAGAAAAGAAACGCCAGCAAAAGCGGUAUUCGUUAAGAGAGCGAACGAUUUGGUGGUACGGAAAAGCAAAAAGAUAAACGAAGGAAGAAGCGAAAAAAUAACAACAAUAUCUUUGGGGGAAAAAAUGGAAAUAAUCACCCUGUGCCCUGUUGCAUACAGAGUUGGUUGUUUUGCGUUUUUGUGUGAAAAGAAAUUUGCGUUUUUGCAUUUUGUGCUCCACCAGCCAGGGAUCGGCGAGCGCGAUACGGCGAUCAAUCGAUCGAUCGUUUGAUUUGACAACUCCGGGCGCUGAGCUGAGCUACAGCAAGCGUGGACCAGUGAAGCAUGAUCAUGAUCGGGAGGAGUGAAUAAUGAGAUCCAUCGAAAUGCGUAAUCGUACGAGGCAGCUGCUCAUGGGGCUGUGUUGGGUUCGGUGGAUCCAACGGAAAUGGACGGCAGCAUAAUAAGGAGCCAACAUUUCCAUGCAUGCCCAAAAUGUUGCUGGAGCCAGAAAUGGUGCUGCGUGGCACUGGUUGUUUAGUAUAAUUAUACUCAAUCCCCCACCUGUUGGUACUCCACCGCCUCAUGCUCCUCGCUUCGUUGCUGUUUCGUUUCGGUUGAGACAUAAGGAGAUGUGGAUAGUGUUAGACCCUUGUUUGUUUUAUUGUGUUUUGUUUGGUGAAACAUUUUACUGGCAGUGUUUGAUCUAUAAUAUAUGAGAAACAUUAAACUUAUUUGAGGUUUAUGAAUCUAAUGAAUUAUUUACAUUUUAUUCUUGAGUUCUAGUAUUAGUAUUUGCACACCGGAAUUAUAACAGGCAGCUUCCACCCGAUUAUUAAGCGGUAAAUAUUCGGCUUAGCGGUGGCUCGUACGCUGAACGCGAAGCAUUGUUAUUUGCUAUUUGCUUUGCGUUAUGAUUUAUUGCCCUUGGCAUCUGUUCUGUAGCCUAUCUAACUGUCCGUGGAUCGUGGUGGAUGAAGUUUUACGACCCCAUUCCAAUUGACACUAGUUUUAUUUCAUUCUUUGCUUUGCGCGGUCUUUCCGUCUAUGCCUGGAAUCGGUUCCAUUUGCACCCCAUUCCCGCACGUAACGAACCGGCGGCCAAACGACGAAGAAGCUCCAUCAUCGAUAAUAAUCGAUCGAGCAUGAUGUGGUACCUCUUUUGCGGUCGCUCGAACGGCGGGUAGUUCAUGUGUAUGAAGAAAGGUAAAGUUGUUUGUGGGUGAGUGACCAAUGCUCUAUGUUGAAUAUCUCUCCGCUUUGCGAUCGUGCCCCCUUUUGUUAGUGGAUUUCGCUUCCAAGUUGCGCACGUGAGAGAGCGCGGUUUGUUGUUUAAUAUGAUCGAGAAUCGAUUUCGAAUGCUGCAAAGAAACAGGGUUGUGUUGAUUGUGUUCUGGAAAGAAUCUUAAGCAGUUCAUUUCUCAACGCGUUUCGAUCGGACGCAUAGUGAGGAUCGAUUAGAUCGAGCAGGAGAGUUGAAGUAUUCGGAGAUGAUCUUCCUUCUCUCCUUGUUAUCCUACAAGAAGGCAAGAGAAACUACAUGUACAACGAAUUUGCGCGAAAGUAUACGCUAGUAUAGCAAUUAUAAACAUUUUUCUUAUGCUAAGUAGGUGUCUUGUUUGUAAAGCAUAAUGCUAUGUUUAAGAGAGCACAUACGAUUGCCUUUGCUUGAACACGAGAGAAGAUGCUUUGAAGACAGAGAGAGAUAAAGAGAGAAGUAGAGAGGAUGAUAUGUACGCAUUUUUUUACACAAUGGGUGUGAUACACAACUCUGCAUUUCGUAACAAACUGUUAAACCUUAUUUAGUUAUUGUGUACUUUAAUACUGACCAAACUUUUCUAACCAUAAAUAAAAUAAUACUAAUUAUUCAUCUUAAAGUUAAACUUAACUUAUCAAACAAUUGCAUAUCUGUAACUUUUAAUGAUAAUAUUUUCAGAUCAUUUUUCCCAUAGUGCGCUCAAUAUUCCUACUCUCUCCGAGGCAUGUAGUCAGAGGGAACAGCGUUGGAAUGCUGCUCAAUUCUUAAAAACGCGAGAGCCGAAAAGGUUCAACGUCUUCAGUCCGAGAUAAAUUUUCUCAGUUUUUUUACGAAAGACUUGCGUGUCGGAGGGAGUUCUGUGGCGCCGGUCUUGCCUUCGAAUUCGGUGCGCGGUAAUAUUCUGUCGUCUUACUUACAAGCGGUUGAGUGUUGUGUUGCAAUUUAUAUCUGCGUUUGCUGUUAUUGUGCGAAAAAGUUCACAAUCGAACAUUGAUACAACGCUUAAUCUGGAAUAAAGCAAAACAGGUGGCUCAAUUCCGGCAAAAUGAUUCCAUGCUAAAAAUGUGUACAAAUUAAAAAAAAAACCGCACGCAUAGAAAUAAAAACAACACUCCAGAGGAUCUUUUGCCAGUGAGAAGUGAGAUCGCGUGAGAUGAGAAUAAGUAUGAGUGAGGUACGAGAAGCGCGAAACAAAGUGUAAACAGAAGAACGUGAAACUCACUCCAAGAACGCGGUGUGGAACAAACACAAGGGUCCGAAAGUAAACGGGUUCAGAAAAAUUGAAGAAACACGUUCAGACUGCGUUCUGUUUUUUUUAUUUUCUUGCUGUUGUUAAAAGUGGUCACGCGGGAUGAUGAUUUGGUAACGAGAAGAAAGAGAAGAACAUCAUAAAACAUCCUGACUCCAGACGAAUAGGGGAAAGGAAAGAAAGAAAGAAGAAAAAAGUUUCGUCGGCCGACCUCGGGAGUUUUUGGAAAUAACUGUGCCCGACACAAGAAAGACUCCAGCACAUAAGGCAGCGCCCCAACGACACUAACGAGCCCCUUGAAAGGUUUGCGGGAUCCAGACUGACCCAUCUCCGCAGAUCGUUACCAUGCUAGGGAACCAUCUAGCGGAAAGCUAACGUUAAGGUGGUACUACGUCAUUAUGGAGCUGUUUGGGUGAAGUACAGCGUUUCGGAAAUGCAAUUAGCAGUGGAGCAGUGGUUGGUAGGAAAGUUCGUGAAAUAUCUAUCGACAUAGUGAGCAACACGCAAAGUGCAAACUAAAGGAGUUUUACGGAAGUGUUACGAAAAGGAGAAGAAAACAAAAGGUUCAAAAUGGCAGUGUUGCCCAAAGUGUGUUUAGUGGUUGUAAGCUAUCUAGUGUUGGCAGUGUUGCCUGCGUUAAGCACGAACACUGAUUUCUCAAGUCAACGGACCUGCGAACCGAUCCGGAUUGAGCUAUGUCGGGGCAUUGGCUACAAUGAAACCUCUCUGCCUAACAUCGUGGGCCAUGAGCUCCAAUCGGAUGCUAACUUCACGCUUCAGACAUUCUUUCCGCUGAUCCAGUUCGGUUGCAGCAAGCAGCUAAAAUUCUUUCUGUGUGCCACCUAUGUGCCCAUGUGUACGCCCAAGGUAUCGAUGCCUAUAGGACCGUGCCGGAGUCUCUGCAAUACGGUGAAGAAUCGGUGUCACCCAAUCCUGCAGGGGUUCGGAUUUCCCUGGCCAUCGGCACUGGACUGUAAUCGGUUCCCUGAGGAGAACAACCACGAGCACAUGUGCAUGCAAGGACCGGGUGAACCGGCCGAAGGCGAAGUGCUUGUGUCGGACCGUCCAUCCUGCCAAGGCUUGCAGCGAUCCAACCUGUACGUUCAGCUGAACCGAUCCGGACGAUGCGCGCCACUGUGCGAAGCGGACAUCAUGUUCGAGCAGAAUGAAAAACACUUUGCCGAGGUAUGGCUAACCUCGUGGAGUGUAGCCGCGCUGGGAACCGCGAUCGUGGCCACCCUGUGCCUUAUCCUGUCCACCAAACGGUGGGACAAGAGCCUGAUGCCGCUAGUCAUUAGCCACUGCUUGGUGACGGUUGGUUGGGCUGUACGAUGGUUGGCAGGGCGCAAUGCUACGGCCUGUGGAUACGAUCCGCAACUUCCGGGCGUUGCACUGCUGCUCACGGACGGCCUGUCGACAGCUCCGUGUGCGGCCACGUUCCUGUUGCGGUACUACUUCGGCCUGUCGGCAGCUGUUUGGUGGGCGAUCCUAUGUUUGCGUUGGAGUAAGUCCGUCCGCCGACUGCUGGGUACCGAUCUUGGGUCACCCUCCGAUAUUCACGCGGAGAAACCGAACUCGUCCCACGACACACUGUUCCAGCUGGCAGCAUGGGGCAUACCGGCCAUCCUCACCGUAAUCGUGCUGGUGGCACGACUCGUGGACGCAGAUGAACUUUUCGGAUCCUGUUUCAUCGGAAACCAAUCCGACAAAGCGCUGCUAACGUUCGUGAUUGUACCACUGCUGUCAAGCUGGGUCAUUGGUUCGGGGUACCUCUUUACCGCCUACCUGCGGAAGCGUUCGGCCGCACCACCGCUCGUACAUAAUCUGCCCGUUCACAUACACGGUAUGGGCAAGUUCCUGUUUAUCUACGCCGUCCCGAGCGCGGCCCUGCUUAUGCUGAUGUUCUACGAGUACGCGUGUCGGGAAAACUGGUUGCAUCUGCCACAUCCGUCCCAGGAUUCGGUACUACCCUCCCGUGCACCACUGUGGCCGUUCCUGUUGCGUGCAUUUAUUGAGCUGCUGGUGGGAGUGCUCGCCUCGGCCUGGGCCGUAGGACCACGGAUUGUCGGACUGUGUCGGGGUGGUGAUGGUGGUGCAAGUGGUGGUGUCGGCGGUGGUAUGGGUGUCGGUGGACGGGGUGGUACGGGUAAACUGUCGGCCGGAUCUGUGUACAAGCAACCAGUCGGUCCUAAGCUGGGUGGAUUUGCAGGAGCACCUUCCACUUACUCAACGGCAUCGUACCAGACAGUUUGUCCCCAGAACUCGCUCGUAUCGGUUUCGAUAGGAAAGUUACCAUCGGUACGGCACGCACGAAAGUAUCCUUCACAUUCGCAUAUCAACCGAAAACCGCGCAGCUACAAAAUGUCGACGCAAACGAUCAGUCUUACCGGCAACGAGACGGUACUGUGAGGCAGCGUGAAAGUGGUAGAGACCGGAGAAAAAAACCCUUUAUAAAAACGCCUUGAGACAAACAAUUAAAGAACAAGGGCGUGUAAAGUUGUGAUAUUAAUAUUAAAAGUUUAAAUUAUUAAAAGCGUAAACCAUCAUCUCUCCGAUGCAAACAGAUCAGUAGGGGAUUUGGUUUUGAACGAGUACAUGAAACAGUUAAAGGAUAAAUGUAAAAAAAACGUCAAAGAGAGACGAAGACGCUAGCGAAAAACGUUAACAAGUAGUUUAUGAAUCAAAAUCAUCUGCUUGAAAUUACUUAAAAAACAUAGCAACUAAUGUAUAGAAUUGCACAAACAAGCGGAAACGAUCAAUGAGUUUAAUUUAGUAUAUUUUUUUGCGAAAUGAGAAACAUUUGACGUUUCGUUGUUUAUUUCUUUUAAUGCAGAUGCAUGAUGCAUUCAAGAGCGCACACCAAAAAGAACAAACAUUGCAAACGAUGAUCUUGUCGAUGUUUGCAUAUCGAUCAUACCACCUUACGAUCAUGUAACGAGCAUGUUAAAACUUCCGGGUUGUUUUCUUUUGUCUGCUAUAAUUUUAAAGGACUUUAACGAUGGGAUCUCUCCGUACCAUUCCUCAAAGUCAUUUUGAAUUCGUUGUUUAUUUUAAUGUUCAUGAAAUGAACAGAUAGUUGAAAUGUGCAACACUUAGGGGUUCGUCGUUUGUAGGUAACUUUUCCACACAAGACGCAAGACAAUCAAGUUGCACAUCUUUAUGGCUUCAAAAAAGAAUACAAGCAGUUGUAACACUCGAAUCCAGGUACCAUCUUCCAUACCGGUGUCGUUUUGGUUAAUGGUUCGCCAAAAUAUGAUGCCCUCGGGAAAUAGCAUGCCACCUGAACGAUGGCAAAAUGCAAAACAAGUUUUGUGUACGCGAGCAAACCCGUGUCUGUGUGUGUCGUUUUUCUUUAUUUUUCUUCCUUCGCCCUUUGUGAUUUCCGUACGGUGCGUGUCGUGGCCCGUGGCGUAAAGGAAAACAACAAGUGCAAGCGACAAUAAUUUAGCGUUUGGCGGCAAUUUUCUCUUCGUCGCGAUUGUGGCGUCAACAUCGUCGAUCAUACGAUGAUGAUUUCAGGUACGAUUGUAGGAAGGCAUUUUGCGUUGUUACCAUGUACGCGGUUGGUAAAAGUUCGUGCGCUGAUGAUGGUUAGCUCGCAAAAAUGCUAUCGAUUUUUGAUUGGAUUUUUUCUCCACUUAUGCUAUAUCCAAACCUUUGGGUGGAAGAUUCUACGAACACCACAGACAAACAAUCGUUGUUGCCCCAUGUUUCAGAUCUAUGCAACCUUAAACAAGAAUCCAGUUUUCUUGAUGUGCUUGCACUGCAAUGUGUGCCUGCAUGUUGGAGAUGGGUUGUUAAAAAAAUAACAACAUAAAACGAGAAACCAUUUGUUUGGAAGCAAUUCGAUCACCACAGUGACUGUAACAUGAUCGUGAAAACUGUUCUUUACGAGGUGCUGAAUUGUGGUGAAGUCGUUAGUUUGUUUUUUUUUGUUUUUGGUUUUCAACAGAAACUACCUGUACCUCUUUAAGCUUAAAAAAUGUUUUAGCAAAGUACAUUUAGCGUUCGUGAAUACCUACACCAAUUGGGAAUAAGAACAAGAAACCAGAGAAAACAAGAUAGCUCCAAACUGAGGAUCGAUCGGAAGUGCGACCAGAGGAAAUGCAUACGAAAGUGUGCUGGUGUUUUUUUUACGGUUGCAGAUAAAAGAGAAGAGAAGAAAAAUCAAUUUCCAGUGGUCAUUUUCGAUAACGAACAGCCUGAUGAUAAUGUGUGGCUAUGAGCAUAACCAGUGAAGUGAAAUGUUCUUGUGUUUUUUUUUCUUUGUAUUCAAAUGUACUUAAAAAGACUAAAAAAGUUAAGCCAAGUUUACAGCCAGAAUUCAUCACGUAGGAGAGGUUAUGCAGGGAAGUUAUCUCGUAAGAUGUCGUUUAACAAUCAAUGAAUAAGAUGAAACUACUUUACUAAGAAUGUGUCCAAAACUGUAAAAAAAUGCCACAAAACGUAAAUUUUUCUCAUUUCGUCAAAACAAAUAAUUAUAAAUAAGGAUUGUGUAAAGAGUAUGUUCGUGUUUGGCAAAUUAUACAAACGCCCAUGCAAAAGUGGUGUCGUCUCGUAACGAGAUUGAAAUAUUUAUUAGCAAUAGUUGAAUAUACGGAAUCACUUUGUUUUUCAUUGUUUCGUGUAGCUGUAAGGCUUUCCGCGCUUAGUAUUGUCCCCACGCCGGGACAAUGCUUGGUGCCCUUGUGCCAUUGCGAUUUUGUUCGUAAAAAUGAAAGGAUCCCGCGGGUACCGCACUCCAGUCUCAAACUCCAAUGUAGCUUAUCUUCCUAGCUUGGUUAACAUAGCACCCAGUAAAAUUGACACAAAAUGCAAAAAAUGCUUUGGAGUGUGUCGACAACAGUACUGAAUAAAGUUAAUAAAUUGCUUACAGUGUUAGAAACGCAAACGUACUCUGUGCCUGUACAACGAUAGCUUGUAGAGUUCGCAAUCAUACUAAUUCGUUGAUAAAUUGGAGCAAGAUGUGGCAUGUGUACGAUACGUAAGAUUAAGAAACUUACUAGCAUAAUAAAAAUGUAUGAAAGCUA